GCUAAUGCUAAUUUCUGGCUUUUCUUUUGAGUGACAGGAGGAGUUGAUGAAUUGCCUGUUUACUUUUCUGGCCAAUCGGGGCGGGGCUGUCAGGGGGCCCGCCGCCGUAACGUCAAAAUCAACAAUCUAAUAGGGCUCAUGAUUGGUCAUUAGUAGGCGCGACGCGCCGUGCCUGUCUAUAGCUCUGAGCCGACUGGCGCCAACAUUGCGGGAGAAUGUGCCGAAAAAGAAGUUUGCAACAAACGCCUUCUUGUUUGCUGGUCACACACGAGGUCGCAGCACCAGCGCGCGCACGGUCCCGCCAGCAGCGAUACUUGGUGCCAGCCUCCUUCGGAGAGUGAUCGCAGCCCCGCCGAGGCGACGCCGCACGAGCCCCGGUGCCCAUAUCCGCGCUGCUCUGCACUGACUGAGAUUGAACGUUGCGGACCUGGAUCUCGAUCUGGCCUUCGCACGAGGGUCGAGCCUGGGGUCACUCACCGGACGGUGCCAGUUCCCGCCUCGGGGAGUCAUGGAGGUAGCCAGUGAGCAGCCGCGCUGGAUGCACCCGAUGCAGACCCACGACGCGCACGGCUCGGCCGCCGAGAGGAUGCACGCCGCACACGCGGGCUUCGUCGAGCCCUCGCAGCUCCUGCCACCCGAGGACAUCGACGUGUUCUUCCACCACCUGGACGCCCAGGGCAACCCGGUGAACCAGGCGGGCUACUACGCCUCGUCCGCCGCCCGAGCCGCCGCCGUGUACCGCCCACCUCACGCGCCCGUGGCGGGGAGUCAGGUCUGCCGGCCGCACUUCCACACGCCGACGGCCAUGCAGUGGAUCGAGAGUACCAAAAAAGUGACGCUGAUGCACCCGGGGCACAGUGGGCACACGGCCUGGUGCACCAACCCCUUCACCAAGUCCGUGCACCACCCCAGCGCCUCCGGUCCCAUCACCGUGCACCCCGCGUCGUCCCUGGCCUCCACCGCCUCCAGCGCCCACACGUCCCCUUCCAUCUUCAACUUCCCGCCGACGCCUCCCAAGGAGAACACCCCGGACAACGUGACCAGCAGCAGUGGCAGCGGCGCCGCCGCCGCCCUCUCCGGCUCGGGGGCUACCGCCGACGACAAGCUCAAGGCGGCGAGCAACAAUCACUACAGCAUGGCUAAUUCCAUGACACCGUCCUUCUCUUCUCCGUCAGUAGUGUCGCAGCCGCAGGCCCACCACCCCGUCCCAACCUACCCGGCCUACGUCAGCUCGGACUUCGCCUCCGGACUAGGCUUCCACCCCGGCGUGCUCAGCACCCACAACCCCCUCCCGCCCACCUCCGUCGCCAAGCCGAAGACGAAACGCUCCAGUACCGGACGACAGCGCACAUAUUGCUGCCCUACCGUGACUGCUCAACCGCCAGUCCCCGGCCAUUUCGACAGCCCCGAGCCCGCCGAAGGUCGGGAGUGCGUGAACUGUGGGGCGACCUCGACGCCGCUGUGGCGACGUGACGGCACCGGCCACUACCUGUGCAAUGCCUGUGGUCUCUACCACAAGAUGAACGGCCAGAACCGACCCCUCAUCAAGCCCAAGCGGAGACUGUCCGCUGCACGAAGAGCUGGCACGCAGUGUGCGAACUGCAAGACCACCACCACCACCCUGUGGCGAAGGAACCAGAACGGCGACCCUGUGUGCAACGCCUGUGGACUUUACUACAAGCUGCACGCGGUGAACAGACCCCUGACCAUGAAGAAGGAUGGGAUCCAGACGCGCAACAGGAAAGUCUCCAACAAGUCCAAGAAGAAGGGGAAGCAGGACGAGCUCAGCCUCAUGAAGUCGGACGACAAGCUCACCGCCUUCACCUCCAUGCCGGUAAACUCCCCGCCCUUCUCCGACUGCGGCGCCAGCCUGAGCGCCACCAUGCCUCACAUGAGCUACGUCCCCUCCAACUACACCAACCAUCACAUGAUGUCCCACCCUGCCUCCCACAUGCACCCCAGCUCCGGCCUGUCCCUGGGCCACCACCCCCUCCACACGUCCUCCAGUAUAGUGGGCGCACUGGCGUAAGGAGCUACCGCUCCCCUACAUAUACCUCAUAUCCCUGCAGUGAAAAACUCUAAACUUUACCAAAUGAGGGUCGUGCUGCCGCAUGCAUCUGAGUUUCGCAGCCCGCCUCGGGGGCGAACUGUGGAACUCAGACGGGCUGCGGCACGAUUUGAGAAACCAAAAAUCCACUUGCACGUCCCCCCUUCGUGAUGUUGGACUCGAUGAUGAUAUAUUUCCCCUUUACCAUGUUGCAUUAUGAUGAAAGCGGCUGAAUUAUAUUGCCAUGCAGUGUAAAGCCAACCGAACCAAUGAUGACCCUUGAAGAGAGAGAGUCAGGACAGAAAGUUUUGUAGUGUUAGUAGUUCCGAAUGUUGUUGGCUCAUGCGUGAAAUACACCCACCUUUUACCAACCGAUGCCUCCAGCUUUUCUUGAGCUCUCAGGCAGCUUCUUCAUGUAAACUCUCAUUCCAUUUCUGUGGAGAAACAAAAGAGUGAUUUCAGGAAUAUUUCUUGUUGUAGUAGAGGCACCAUCAUGUGGUGCCGAACACGGCAUAGUUUCUGCAAGCAUGAUAGCAAAAUCUGAAUCCAGAUAUUUGGUACAGAAAACUUACAUGUAGAUCCCACAGUGAUAAAAUUUGGUUUGGUUGGGCAUGAGAUUUUAGGUGUACCAUCCACUGAUGGGCCCACAUUUCCACCGUGUACCAUUCCAUGUUAUUCCAUGACAUUCCCGGGAUAGCCAUAUUUGUAACUGGACCGAAGCGUCCUGUAUAUGUAUGAAAAGUUCCCCCAUUUAUUCUGCACGUAUAGUGGUUGCUGUACAUGACGACUUAUUGUUGCUGUGAGCAUGAUGAUGAUGAUGUCUUGUAAUGUCUUGACGAUUUCAAAGUGCAGAAACUGUAGAUAUUAGUACCUAGGAUACCUUGUACAGACAGAGAGGGGCUUCUUAUUAACAAGCCCAGAUGUCAGAGUAGGCCACUGAAGUAUAAUAUUGAUGUCUGGGUUGAAUUGUGUUACAGAAUCUCGAAGCAUGCCUAGUUAGAUUGUUGUCUCUCCGUGAGGAGAGUUUUCUUGUGUUGUGAAAAAAAGAUAUCUUUGUAAUCAUUGUAUAGAACACUUACAUUGUUAUUUAUGCUGUAUUUAGAGAAAAGGGUUAGGUAACGAACGUGUGUCGUAGAAACUAAGGUCACAGAAAAAUUGUUAAGAGUAAUAGUUAUUCCCUCACGAAGGUAUAUUUUUGUAUUUUCCUUUUUGAUUCAUCAUUCUAUUGCUAAGUUGCUGUAUGCAGUGUUUGGUGCAUUCCUGUUUGAAUCUUUAAAAAACGAAAUAUCAGAAAUUAUACAGGAGUCAGUGAAAAGAGUAUAGCAAAGUGAGAAACAUUUUCUCGAGAAAGAGAACCCAGGGAAGUUGUUGGUAAAGACAACCGUGUGUUACUUCUGCAAGACAGUAUUCUGUCUUGUCUUCUUCAAUGUAAAUAGUAGUGUCUAAACGCAGCACGAUUGUAGCCAUGAAGUCGUACUUUAUUUAGUUCACCUUUGUUUUGGUUUUGUUCACUUGUUCUUCCAACAUGCUGUGCAAUAUAUCCAGUAUUUUGACUAUCACAGAAAAAAAAACAAGCAGGAGUUGAAGUCAGGUUUUUUUAAAAGGUGUACUUAACCUGCACCAGAGUUCAUAGCCAUAUGUAUUGUAUCCCCUACCUUGUCCCAAUGAUACCAACUAAAUUAUUUAAAUGUCUUGUAUGUACAAUGCCUAUUUGUACAUGUAUGGAAGAAAUUGUGACUCAAUAAAGGCUGCUGGUUAAGCUGUAUACAGACAGAA